UGUGGCUGAUAUCUCCAUCCUGAGCGGCCGGAACCAAGCUUCUGUUCCUGGCCACAUAUAACACAUAGCCACACUACCAAUGGCAACAAAGUACUUUUAAAGUAUUUAGAUAAUUAAUUGAACUGGGAAAAAUCACUUAAAAAUAUUUUGUAUGCGUAAAUAAGAGGAAUGUUGGGGAAGUGAGAGAGUGGCAACAGUGUCAGAGUGGAGUGUAAACAAACGUGUCCAGCAGAGGCCUGGACGCCUCCUGUGAUGGGUGCUUAGAAAACGUCUUGAGACGUGAAUCCAGCAAGAUGGCGGGGACAACACCCCUGUGUAGCAUUAUGGUCACGAAGUCUGUCAACUUUCAUGGUCACCAGCUUCUGAAGCAGCUUACAGCUUCCAAUCCCAAAGAUAUAGAGACUUUGAACCUUAAGGAAGUUGAUUACAAUGUUUACAAAGCCCGUCUUCCUGAGAUCACGAAACAAGGUAGUGUAAGACGACAAGAGUUACUAAAUUUUAUUACCAACAAAUGCAAAUUUCUGUAUCUGCCCUGGGAAGCAAGCCUUGAAGGAGAGGGAAACGAAGAUGAUUAUGGAAUGAAAGACCGGGUUGAUCAUCUGCCACCAAUUGAGUACUAUAUGAAAGUGUCUAGCAAUAUCCGAGAGGAUAUGUUUUUUAAGACAGUGAAACGUGGAGACUUGCUGUACGUUCGAGUCACUGGACACAUACAUGCCUUGCUCCAGACUGUCAAGGUUCAAGCAACAAUGGGAAACUCAAUUCGUGAUCUUUUUGAUACUAAUAUUAAGGCUCAUCUUCGUAUUGAAGAUUCCACACCUGAGCCAGCAGAUCAAGAUAGUGACGGCCGAUGGUUGCUGCGGACACGGUUGUGUGUCGAGGUAUUGGAAGUGGAUGCGAGUGAUCAUUAUUUACUUGUUGGUACCAAUGGAGUUACGAUUCCAGCACAUAUGAAGGAUAAAAUUAAACUUGGGAAAGUUACGUUAAAUGAUCGACCAUCUAUAAUCUGUGAAAUGGAGGAAGGGAAUGUUAAGUGCUACAGUGAAGCUCUGAAAACACUUACCAUGUUCAACAAUCCCCGCAAUAUUAGACAUCUUGCGGCGAAGUUCAAGAUUGAUAUGUUCUCUCACUCAUCGUUAAUGAACUCACUGAAGCACAAGUUUGCUGAUCGAGAGAUGUACAGAAGCCUGCGAAAAGCCCAAAUGUCUCGAUGGGCCCAUAAGUCAGUAGCAGAUGGAGUGGUGUUCUUCAAACGUGGCCAGUAUGAGGAGGCCUUCCAGUGUCUCAAUAAGGCCCUUCAAAUCGACAGUGAAAAUGUUGAAGCCUUUGUUGCAAAGGGCGCUCUGUUGGCUAAUUUGGGCAGGUUUGAGAAGGCUGUUGAAGACUUUGAGCAGGCACUUAAGUUCAAUCCAAAACACAGCAAUGCUUGCAAAUAUAUAUGCGAGACACUUGUUGAACUUGGCAGACAGUUAGAAGAAGAAGAAAAAAUGGAUGAAGCCGAAGAGAAAUAUAAAAAGUGCUUAGAAAUCAACUCUGAACAUGCUGCAGGUCUGGAAGCACUCAACUCUCUCAAUAAAAAGCUGAAUCGUGUGAAAGAACAACAGUCUGGUGAUACAGAUUCUGUUCAGACAGUGCUUCGGGAUCUUUUGGAAUUGGAAGAAGAGUUUAAGAGAAAGCGCAACCGCACUAAUUCAGAGUCCAAAAUUAGUCCAAAAUCCAAAUCGGACGCACGGUCUAGACGCUCUACAUCAAGAGGUCAAUCAAAGAGCAGCAGUCAUGCUCACUCCAGGUCAAGAAGUAAAUCCAUGUCUCCCUUGUCUAAAAAGCUAGCGCAGCAAGAAGGAAAAUGGCAUCCACCCUCCAACAUUAACACUACUGAAACUUAUUUGGAGGGUAGUAUGCCUGCCAGCAUGAAUGUUGCUCCUCCUCCUCCUCUACCUCCAACAAAUUAUGGUUACCCCAUGACUGGAUGGUCCCCCUCCACUAUGGCUCCAGUGAUAGCCAAUUCACAAGUGCCGCCACCUUCAGCAAUGUUCACACAACCACCACCAGGCUACCCAGUAAUACCACCUCAAGGCAUGGCAUUUGAAUCCAAUUAUGCGAGUCGUGAGGAUGAGGAAUAUAAAGCUCGAGUUGAUAAGUUCUUGAAGCAGUUGGAAGGAUCCAGGCCCGCUGACAAAAAGGACCGAAGUAAAAAGAGCAGCACCAGAGACAGGGAGUCCAGGAAGAGAAGAAAACACAACAAAGAUUCUCACAAGAGAAGAAGCAGAAGAAACAGAUCCCGAAGCAGAAGUCGGAGUAGGCGUGGCAGAAGUGGAAGCACUAGUAGCAGCACUAGCAGCAGCAGCAUUAGCAGCAGCAGCAGUAGCAGCAGCAACCACAGCACUACAAGCAGAAGCAGCAGUACAAGCAGCAGUAGCACUAGCGUAAGCUCUGAUGUUAGCAGCAGAAAAAAGUACAAAAAGAGAAAGAAAUACAAGAAGAAUGAGAAGAAAGGCAAAAAAGUUAGUAAAGCAGAGAAACUACACAAAGAGAAACAUGAGGAAAAAUCCAAAUAUCCAUCAAGCAUCUCAAAAGUGGAAGAUGAUCCUAUUCCAGAACUGGAAAGCUUGAAUGAAAAGUUAUCAGCUUAUUAUAAGAAAGUAGAAGCUAGUCAGAAACAGCCACUUACUAAAGAAAAGAAAACUAAAGAAAUUAUCUCGGCUGAUAAAGAGGGAUUGUCAGAGCAGCCUGAUAGCAUUACUCUGAUGAUGAAUGUAAUGAAGAGCUAUGAACAAGGCUUUCGUUUGUCAAAGACAAAGUUAGCAACUAACUCUGUUCCCAACGUGCAAGGAAUUCAUCCAGCAUUUAGAGAGAGUGAAGAAGAGGAUGAUAUUCUGGAUCAGCCAAUUUCAAGCACUAUCAGUCAAAACAAAUCUGUGGAUAAGAGCAAGGAUGUAGUUGAAAGUCCCAAGAUUCAAUCUGAAUCCAAGUCACAUUCUAGGACGAGUUCAAGAUCACUGUCUAAGAGCCAUUCACGAUCACGCUCUAGAUCAUGCAACAAGCAAGGUUCUCGUUCCCCAUCACACUCGAGAUCAUACAAACAAGAUUCUCGUUCCCCAUCACAAUCUAGGUCACAUCAUAGGCGAAGUUAUCGCUCACAGUCACGCUCUAGUUCACACUACCAUGGAGACAGCCGCUCACGAUCCCGUUCAAGAACCCGUUCGCGGCUCAGUCCAAAAGGUAGGGAACGAAAUUUCUCACAUAGCAGUAGUCAUGGCUCUGCCUGGCAUAAAACUUUUCGAAGGUCAAGCAGAUCGCCUAUACAUCACUCUUAUCGUUCAAGAGCACGAGGUCAAUGGGGCUGGCAUAGAGGUGGUCGGUUUAGGGGAAAUCCCAGAGACAGUUAUAGGGAUAGAGAAAGCCCUAGAGAUAGUUAUAGGGAUUGGGGAAGCUCCAGAGGUAGAUAUAGGGAAAGCCCCAGAGAUAAAUAUAGGGAAAGAGGAAGCCCUAGGAGUAAAUAUAGGAGUAGAGGAAGCCCCCGAGAUAAAUAUAGGGAUAGAGGGAGCCCUCGAGAUAAAUAUAGGGACCGAGGAAGCCCCCGAGAUAAAUACAGGGACAGGGGAAGCUCCCAAGAUAAAUAUAAAGGCAGGGACACUCCACAAGGCUAUGGUACUCCAGAACCACUGGAUAAACAUGAUCGUGAAACAUUGAUUGAAGCUGCAAAAAAAAAAAUUGAGAGCCAAAUUAAAUAUGCAACCACUGAUCUAGAUGAUAUUGAAAGCAAAUUGGAGGCCUCAUGUUCCAAAACUCCAAGUCAUUGGGAAUCUUCAAGAGGUAAAUCUCCAGGUAAACCUAAUUCUUUGGUUCCAAAAACUCCAAGUAGGUGGGAAUCACCACCUCCUCCUCCUCCCAAAACUCCAAGUAGGUGGGAUUCAGUCCAUUCCAAAACCCCAAGUAUUCGAGAAUCUCAUCCUAAAACUCCAAGUAGAUGGGAACCCAAAACUCCAAGUAGAUGGGAACCCAAAACCCCAAGCAGAUGGGAAUCAUCUCAUCCGAAGACCCCAAGUAGGCAGGAAUCAUCUCGUCCCAAAACCCCAAGUAGGUGGGAGUCAUCUCAUCCAAAGACCCCAAGUAGGCAGGAAUCGUCUCGUCCCAAAACCCCAAGUAGGUGGGAAUCAUCUCAUCCGAAGACCCCAAGUAGGCAGGAAUCAUCUCGUCCCAAAACCCCAAGUAGACAGGACUCUUCUAGUAGAGGUCUUACUAGUAAGGAUGACAAUGGGUCUACUGGAAAAGUUUCUCCAGAGAGAGGAUCCAGAUUUAACAAAUGGGAUAAAAAAGAGAACGGUAAAUCUGAAGAACCAAAAAUAGGAAAUUCUCUCACAGAAAUGGAAACUUUUGUUGAAGCUGCUAAACAAAAGAAAUUAGAGGAAAUGAAAGAAAGAAAUAAAGAAUUUUUAAAGCCUAUUGUUGAAUAAGUCAGAAGACGAGAUGCUGUGCACCGAGGAUGAAACUGCUUUUUCAAAACUUGUAAAAAAUACAGUAUUUUCAUAGUGCAUUUGAUUACAGCACUUUGCAAAAGAAAUAUUCACCUUGUAUAUAAAUCUUUUAAUUUAUGUUAGAGUGAAGCUUUACUUUCAGCAAGAUGGGAAUGACGAGAUUCAUGUCUUGUGAGAACGUAUUACAGAGCUCGGUUAUUGUAAAGUAUAUUUGUCAGUUCUGUUACUGUAUUGUUAUACUCUACUGCUUUGGGUUUUUCUUUUAUAUUUUUUAUUAAUUGUAUUUUUGUGAACUUUAUGCAGUAAUUUUCAUUGUAUAUCUUGUGAAAGCAAUUUUAAUAUCUUGUAGGGUAUUAAAGUAUUAGAGACUUGUUAGGCUUAAGACCAUGUAGUUGAUACCAAUAAAAGUUAAGUGUUUUUUGUGUAAAUUUAAUAGAAGGAAGUAUGGGUUGUACGUGCUUCAUGUCAAUAUUUUUAUCCACAAUACAUUGUCUGUGAACUUGGUAUUAAUUAAUACAAAUAAAGACUAGAAAAAAAUAUGCUAAAUAUUGAAAGUAAUUAACCAAACUAUAAUGUAUUAAUUAUCUACUUUAUGUAUUUUGUGGUAUUUUACUGCCAAUAAAGUAUCCAAAUA